GCUGUCACUGGUGCUGUCGUGUCCGAUGUCGCUGGAGUUCUACCCAUUGGAUCGCCAAAAUUGUCUCAUAGAUCUAGCCUCAUAUGCGUAUACAACGCAAGACAUCAAGUACGAAUGGAAGGCCAGUAAUCCAGUGCAACAAAAGGACGGUUUGCGACAGUCGUUGCCGAGUUUCGAACUGCAAGACGUCGUGACCAAAUAUUGCACGAGUAAAACCAAUACGGGAGAGUACUCGUGUCUGCGUACUCAGAUGGUGCUACGUCGCGAGUUCAGCUAUUAUUUGUUGCAGCUCUAUAUUCCCUCGUUUAUGCUUGUCAUUGUCUCUUGGGUGUCCUUCUGGCUCGACAAAGAUUCGGUUCCGGCACGAGUGACGUUAGGUACGAGUUCCGGUAUCAACGCUAAGCUACCGCCGGCGAUUGAUGUGUGGAUCGGUGUGUGCUUGGCGUUUAUCUUUGGCGCUCUGCUCGAAUUCGCAUUGGUGAACUACGCCGCACGCAAGGAUAUGACGAGCUGCAGUCAGCGCGUGAUGAAGCAACUGCCACACGACUGCUAUCGACUCUUGUCGGCAAGUCAACCGAGGACGUCAUUCUGUUGCGGUGUAUUCGUGCAACGCUACAAAGAGCGCUCGAAACGGAUCGACGUCGUUUCCCGUCUGGUGUUCCCUAUUGGAUACGCCUGUUUUAAUGGUAGGUUCGCGACUUUUCAUUUAGUCGCGAACCUGCUGUCUGUGAAAUUCAUGACUUUCAGUGUUAUAUUGGGCUGUCUACCUGGUGUGAAGCAUGGCAAAUCUACUCACCGUGCGCUCUCCAUAAAAUUUUACUCGUCAUAUUCUCCUUCGUCCCUAAUCUUCGCUGUGGUGCCUUAUUAG